GUCCCUUUUUCCUAGGGUAUGCGGUCUAAAUUACACAACAACGCCGAGAGGCGAACAGAAAGAGGAAUUAAAACCUUUUGUGCGGGCCGGAAAGAAGGGACCAGAGGACAAAAAAUCCACUUUUUAUAAUAUAAAGGAGACGAGGACUCGACUUGUCUGAGUCGACUUGUGAUGCGCUCCUCUGUUUGGGCGAAUGCGGAUGUAGUAGUGAGGAGGGGGCAGACGGCUCGCCUAACCCUGCAGAGUAAGGGUUCCUUCCUUUCCCGGGCCGCACACACCUGCUUCCUGCUGUGCCUUUUCACCCAUGAACAUCUCCGGAUUUCUGGACACUUCGGAUUUGUGAAAGAACCUGCAAACAUGUGCAUAAUGGAUUUCUAUUUCAUUCUCAGAGCAGGUGUGCGCACGUGAGUGACGUUCCGACCUGGGCCACAUUUGCCCGCUGAGCCCUCGGCUCGUUCUUAUGAUGAGUAUGGCUUUCCUAAAGAGCUCCUUCUGUGCACCGGCAACCAAGCAAAGUGCCCUGCAGAUGUGUAUCUAGUUACGCCUCUGUCGUGCCUUCAACAUGAAACGCUGCAAAUCGGACGAUUUCGCCCCUGAUGAGGACGGAGGCAAGGCUGUCGGUGAGGACGCCCCAAGUGUGGUGGUUGUAGAGGUGAAGCCCGGAGAUGUUGGCGAGACUGGCACAACAGCACCGAUUCCACACGGCCGUAGCAAGCCGCCGGACUUAAAGAAAAUUCAACAACUCUCUGAAGGCUCUAUGUUUGGCCAUGGGCUGAAGCACUUGUUCCACAGCCGCCGGCGUUCCAGGGAGCGUGAUCACCAGAGUUCCCAGGACUCUCCCCAGUUCCAGCAGCUAGCCGGCACCCUUGGCACCCCAGUUGGUGCCACUGGCCACUCAGAUCAUGACUCUGCUGAUGAGAAAGAGCGUUCCCCAGAGAUGCAAAGGGUGUCGUAUGCAGUCUCUCUGCAUGACCUGCCGGCACGUCCCACUGCUUUUAAUCGAGUGCUUCAGCAAAUUCGGGCAAGGCCAUCCAUCAAGAGAGGAACAAGCCUCCAUAGCAGCAGCCGGCGGACCAAGAGUGGAACCUCUGCUGACUCUCAGAAGGGCAGCAGUCCCCACUUAGGCCGUAAGGGUCCCCAGGAUAGCUCACUGACAGCUCUGCUCCACCAUCACCAGGGCAGACCAAGAUCAUCUUCUACUACAGACACUGCUCUUCUCGCAGGCGAACCCAGCUUGUACUGGAGCGUGGAGGAUUCUGAGCGCACUGCAGAAAAGUUGGAAAAGGGAGAGUUGACCACACUGGGUCUUCCUGCCAACACUGGUCAUGGCGGCUCGGAUGGGAAUAUCAGUCUGGAUGUGCCAGAAGCUCCAGACCCCCAUCGCACUAAAGCCGCAAUUGAGCACCUGCAGCAGAAAAUUCUGAAGAUCACUGAACAGAUUCGAGUGGAGCAGGAGGCCCGAGAUGAGAAUGUAGCAGAGUACCUCAAGCUCGCUCACAACGCUGAUAAGCAGCAGGCAUCACGCAUUAAACAGGUCUUUGAGAAGAAGAACCAGAAGUCGGCACAAACCAUCUCACAGCUUCACAAGAAACUUGAGCAUUACCACAAGAAGCUGAAGGAAAUUGAGCAGAACGGACCUACUCGGCAACCCAAAGAUGUUCUGCGGGACAUGCAGCAAGGUCUGAAAGAUGUGGGUGCAAAUGUCCGAGCUGGCAUCAGUGGUUUUGGUGGAGGUGUGGUAGAAGGAGUUAAAGGUGGUGUGUCAGCACUUUCUCACACUGCUGUUGUAUCUAAACCCCGCGAGUUUGCCAGCCUCAUCCGAAACAAGUUUGGCAGUGCAGACAACAUUGCUCAUUUGAAGGAUACUCUGGAUGAUCCACUGCCAGAGGAAUCACAACGGGCACUUAGCGGAAGUGCCACUCUGGUCUCCAGCCCUAAGUACAAUGGCAGUGAUGAUGAGUGCUCCAGUGCCACCUCAGGCUCAGCUGGAGGCAGUAAUUCAGGAGCAGGUGUAACAGGUCUGGGCCCAAACAUAGGUAGUCCCAAGUCCAACACCCUGGACAGUCACCAUCACCUCAGUCUGGACACCCUGCUGGAUGAGCUUCGUGAGAUUAAGGAAAGCCAGUCUCACCUGGAGGAUUCCAUUGAUGACCUAAAGACGCAGCUCCAGAGAGACUAUACAUACAUGACCCAGUGUCUCCAAGAGGAGAGAUACAGGUAUGAGCGUCUGGAGGAGCAGCUGAAUGAUCUAACAGAGCUCCAUCAAAAUGAAAUGACCAACCUAAAGCAGGAGCUCGCAAGUAUGGAAGAGAAGGUGGCUUACCAGUCCUAUGAGAGGGCUCGUGACAUUCAGGAAGCUGUGGAGUCAUGUUUAACUCGCAUCACCAAGCUUGAGCUUCAGCAACAGCAACAGCAGGUUGUCCAGUUGGAAGGAGUUGAGAAUGCCAAUGCUCGAGCACUGCUGGGCAAAUUCAUCAAUGUCAUUCUGGCUCUGAUGGCUGUCCUUCUGGUCUUUGUAUCAACGCUGGCCAAUUUCAUCACACCACUCAUGAAGACUCGGCUCAGGGUGUUUAGCAGUAUCUUCCUAGCUCUCUUCCUUGUCUUCCUGUGGAAGCACUGGGACAGCAUAGCUUAUGUGCUUGAAAACUGGCUCCUGCCUAGCUGAAUGUCACCUGUGAAUGGUGGUGGGCUGAUCAUUGUCCAGUUGACCACUGGCUCAUUCUCAUGUUUUGCAUACAAAGGCAACAGAAGACGUUCCACAGUUCUUCAGGAUGGACGGCGACAGCCUGAUUCUUUUUUCUUAAGUCACUAAUCAUCAGGCCAUUGAGUCAUUUUGUUUCUUUGUUUUUUUUUUUGUCGCCUCCAUAAUCUAACCCAUGCUUCCUGAAAUUUUGCCAGGUUAGCAGAGGGUGGGAAUAUCUUCAUCAGAUGUGUGGAAGUGCAAUAGGACAUAGUUGGGAAGAAGAAUCUGGAAGUUAGUAGACAAUUUGAGUGCUGAACAGAGCAAAAAAACAGAAAAGUUGCAGAAGAUUUAAUAGGAAUAAGUGAUAAUAAGUAGGCUACGGACUGCAUAUGUGGUGAGAGAAAAGAAGAACAGCAUAAGAUUACACGUCAGCCAACUGUGGGCUAGCUGUGAUAGCUCCUCAAGGAAAAGAACUUUAAUAUUUUAAUAAUUCUGUCAUUUUGAAUAUCUUUACAUUUCAUUUUGCUGUAUAAGGCUCUCCUUACUCAUGCAUAGCAUGACAUCUUGGGGUGUCUAGUGUAGCCCUGGUUCGAAGAAGAUGGCUAAUAACUUUUGGGGAUGGGGGUAUAGAAAGUUCUUAGAUGCUUCAUUUUGUAUGGCUGCUUUUUGAAACUUUGGAUUUUGGAACUUUGAGGUUUUUGACUGGCAAGAGGCCUGGAAAGAAGAUGUCAGUUGUAGGUUACUGGAAAGAGGCAGACAUUAUUAUUAUUAUUUUUUUAAUUUCGCCUCUUCUGAUAACUGCUGAGUGUAUGUGUGACACUGUUUUUUUUUCCCUUUUUAAUUCUAUUUAUUGAUUAAUUUAUUGAUUACUAUCUGAAUCGGUUUAUAAGAAUGGUUAGAGAGCGUUGUGCAUCAUUACGGGUUUGGGCCGAGGUGAAUGCCAUAACAAUGACUGAUGAUCUUGCUAUCAGCCUCAGAGCAGCAAUUCCAUUUCUUUUAAAAUGAUGUUUUUUGUGUGUGAAUGGAGAAGUGCAAAGCAGUGGGGGGGCAGGCAUCUUCUGGCAGAAAUUCCUGGGGCAGAACUUUUUACUUACUGUAUGAGUUAAUGCAUGGGUUAGCUUUACUCUAGAAAUGUAACCCUGCCCACUCCCUCAUUGGUCUUCUUUAGCCAGCAGCCAUAAUGCUGCCAACAGGCUUGAUGCUCCCGCCUGCAGCUGCUGACAAACUUACCACAUGCAUAUUUCACAAACACCAACUCCAUGUUAAGACAGAUAGCAGGCUGGAUAGAAUAAGUUAGGCGAAAUCAUUAUUUCAAAGACAGAUCUGUAAUUGUUAGCAUGGAAUCCAUGAUGAAGUAAGUGAGCCGAAUUGCUGUUAGUUAUUCUCUUCUUAAAAUUUCUAAGCUCAAGUGUAUGGUGUGGUUCCUAACUUUGGUGGUCAACACUGCAUUCAUUCCAGAAAAGGAGGUUAGAUUACCGGCCCAAAAGAGCCGAAGUCUGCCAUUCUGGACUUAGACCACUAGAGGGACACAUUGACACAUUAGCAGUCUACUUGUCCAGUGCUGUUGCUCUGCUCAGUUUGUAGCAUGAAAAGAUUAAACUGGCCUCAGAUGGUCGCAAGUAGGAAUAAUUAAAUACCAUUGUAUUUGUUUUAUAGUCUCUCGAGUUCCUCCUGAAGCUCAGUUGAUUAAGAGCCUGAAUCCAAGAAGUAUGCCAGAUUUCUGGAUCCCCUCUGCAGGCUCUCAGAAACAAGGGGCUCAGUCACAUGGCUAUGCCAGGGUAUGAUUGUAUAUGUUACAUCGUUCUAUUUUUAAAAGAGGGAAACAGUCCUAUGUCAGUGCCAUGUUGAAAUAUGUCACAGCCUUAUUAGCAUGCUGCGGGAUAAGUGAUGUCUGUCUGUUAUGCAGAUGUACCGUAUCACUGGUAUGCCAGGUUGCAGCUCUUGUGCCACCAGAUGGUUUGGCUCUGUGGGGUUGUGUCUGUCUCUCUUUGGCAUACUAAGCAGGCUUUUUCUGUCUCAUUUGACUGGUAGAGCUCUGUCAAGGACGGGUACUGGACCAUGGCACCACCUAUUUGGAGAGAUCCUUCUGGCAAUCAUAUCAAAGUAUGGUAUUGUCUCAGUGGCAUGCCAAGUCCGCCUUAUUCCGUCUGGCUUAACAGGUUCCACUCUUUCCAGCUGGCAUAUCAGACCUUGGCUCUUCCUAGUUGUCAAGACAGCAUAGGGCUCAGUGUAGCUGUUUGUGACCAAUGUGCCAACUUUGUUAUGCUGACAUGACAAAAAGGUUCCCUUCAGGUCUCUUUGGACAAAGUAUGGCUCUGUCAUGCUAAGAGUCAGUUUCUGUUGGGGAGAAAAUAGCAGGCUAGCCUGACAAGGUAUCUCCUCAGUUCUCUGUGAAACUGAAUUGUGUUCAGUAGGUUCAAUCAGAGAAUUUGUGUGGCUGCAGUCAUUUAUUUUUUCUUUUUACAAAAUGGUUUUUACUGCAUUUUAAGAGUGUUUCUAUUGUUAUUGUUGUGUUUCUCGUUCCAGUCCAGCACAGUGUAUUUGAAGAGGGGAAGGUCUUCUCUACCUCAGUAAAAGGCAGCACCCUGUAUUUUCGUAGAGAACAUCGCCCCCUGCUGGAUGUAUUUUUCAUGAUAUGUUUCUGACCUCUGUUUCAGCUGAUGGCAAUCUUGUCUCUGGUGUGACUGUUGGUGUUCCAUUUAAAAAAAAAAA